AUGAACUCGCUGGGGCUUGAGUAUGGAUUAUCAUCGUCUGAUGAGGAAGAAAACGUAGCUUCAGCAUCACCAAUACCGACAGAGCCUAGGGCCCCUUCUUCUCCUGUUCCAGCUACAUCAAUCAUCGCAACUCCCGCACUACAAGCCUCUGCCACUAUCGAUGAAGCUCCGAUAGUUCAGUCAGACGAAAAUACUGCAGAAGAAGCGGUAGAAUCCACAGAACUAGAUGUGUCCAUGUCUGACGGAGAUGAAGAGUUAAUGCUUUUACGAGCAGGAAUACCUCCAGCAACUGCUUCAUUGGCUUCUGAUAACGAGACGCAGCAACGUAUCGAGCGGUUCCUUUGUGUACAACACGAACGCGGUCAGGAUUUUCAGACGACGCUGCAGGACAAGAAAGAGGUGCGAAACCCGUACAUUCUGGAAAAGGUGGUUGAGUAUUUUGGUAUUGAUGAGCUGCAGUCCAAUUUUUCUCCUAAUAAGUUUGACCCUCAUGGUCUGCCAUUGCACGAGUAUGCCGAUGCGUUAUCUCUGGAACAGAAGAAGCGCGCCGACAAGCGAGCGCAACGCCAAUUACAACAACAACGAGAUGGUGCUGAUACUCGCCAGCUUGAAUUUAUAUCGGCUCGCGCAUUGAACUAG